AUGCCCUCCCUCCGCACAGUCCUCACCACCUCGCUCCUCGCAGCCUCCGCCGCCUCUGCAACCGGCAUCAACGAUUUCUCCUGCACAUCAGACUCCAACCCAGUCGUCCUCCUCCACGGCCUAGGCGCAACCUACUACGAAGACCUAAACUACCUCCAAUACUGGCUCCAAAACCAAGGCUACUGCACCUUCUCACUCACCUACGGCGCCUACGAUGGCUUCCCCUUCGUCGGCGGCCUGAAACCCAUCAACGAAUCCGCCUCCGAAAUCGCAGCCUACAUCAAAGAAGUCCUCCAAAAGACCGGCAAGACCAAAGUCGAUCUAGUCGGCCACUCCGAGGGCGCUUUCCAAUCCCUCUACGUCCCCAAGUUCGAAGGUGUCAGCGGACUAAUCGAUAAAAUCGCCGCUAUCGCCCCGCCUACACACGCGACUAGUUUCGCCGGUCUGAUCGAUCUAGCGUAUCUACUGGGUAACGCGUCGCGCACUGUUGUCGGCGAUGUCCUCGAUGCUGUGGGCUGUGGUGCGUGCGAUGAUUUGGUUAGUGGUGGUGCGGCUAUUACCCGGUUGAAUGAUGGUACGCCUAUCGUGCAGGAGGGUAAUAAGGUUACUAUCAUUGCGUCGAAGUAUGAUGAGCUGGUUACCCCGCCAAAGACUUCUUUUAUUGAUGAGGAUGGUGUUACGAAUCGCUGGGUUCAGGAUACUUGUCCGCUUGAUCCGGUGGGACAUAUUGGCGAGGCGUAUGAUUUGAAUGUGUGGAAUUUGGUGAAGAAUGUCCUGGAUGAUACUCCUGAUCGCAAGUUUGUGUGUUUGCUUGGGUCGCCUGGUAAGGCGUAA